UCCAAUGCCAAACCCAGGCCUAAAUUGGCAGAGCAGGAAUGCCAAGUGCAAGGACCGGUUCGCUGUUUUGAAACCAGUGGGUUUGUUUGCCAUUGCUGAGCUGCAACCUUUGACAUUGCCUUCAAGCUGGCUUAGCCUACUACUAACUCUUCCUUCAGUUAAUACUACUCCCUCCCUUCCAAGUUCCAACAAACAACAGCCAGCCUUGUAACCAUCGCGACGGCAGCAUCAGGUCUCGCUCUCGCCUCACCUGCGAAUAUUAAUCUUCCCUGCCCUGCUCUGCUGCUGGCACCUGGAGUCAUAUAUAUUUGCGCUUAUUCUACACACACCCCUCCCUUGGCCUGGAAAGAAAGCGUUGCCAUUUGUGCGCUAGCGGGCAAGCGCACGGCGCCAGGCCCAGGAGGAGAAGUAUAGAUAGAGAGGAAGGGACGCCGCCAUUAUUGAUGCUGUAGAAGCAAGGAUGAGAAAGAAGGGAUCAGGCAUGGAGAUUCUUGUGGGUGGUGGAAGGGGCGGGGGCUUGGCGGUUCUUCUGCUUCUUCUCGCAUUGAUGGGCGGCGCUGAGGCGUUUGCUCGCCACGGCGCCGGGGGAUUCAACGGCCGCGGCGGGGCCGGCGAGCGGCGGUACAGGGAUCUCGCGGCGGGGAGGAUGCAGAGCGUCAGAUCUUCCUUCGGGGCGCCCAGGAGGGGGCUUGCCACGUCUCCGGCCAACGGGCGGGUGUUCCACGUGACGGACUACGGCGCCGACCCGACCGGCGCCACGGACGCCACUGCAGCCAUCAAGAAGGCCAUUGCCGACGCCUUCACCCCGCCGUCCAACGCCACCAUGACCGGCGGCAUCCCCGACCUCGGCGGCGCCGAGAUCCACCUCGACGGCGGCACGUACCUCAUCGACGGCCCCCUCACCCUACCGGCCUCCGGCGGCGGCAACUUCAAGAUCCACAGCGGGUCGCUGCGGGCGUCAUCGGAGUUCCCGACGGACCGGUACCUGAUCGAGCUCUCAGCCGAGGCCGGCACAGCCUCGUCCUCAAACUCAGACUACCACUACGAGUUCGCCACGCUCCGGGACCUAAUGCUGGACUGCGGCUACCGCGGCGGCGGCGUCUCGGUGGUCGACUCGCUCCGGACCAGCAUCGACAACCUCUUCGUCGCCCACUUCGGCACCGACGGCAUCGCCGUGCGCGGCGGGCACGAGACCUACGUCCGGGACACGUACCUGGGCCAGCACAUGACCGCGGGCCACGACCCCGGGGAACGGUCCUUCACGGGCACGGGGAUCCGCCUCGACGGCAACGACAACUCCGUCACCGACGUGGUCAUCUUCUCCGCCGCCACGGGGAUCCUCGUCACCGGCGGCGCCAACGCCAUCUCCGGGGUGCAUUGCUACAACAAGGCCACCGGGUUCGGCGGGGUCGGCAUCCACGUCAAGGUACCCGGGCUGACACAGACGUGGAUCAGCAACUCUUACAUGGACUACACCAGCAUCCUGGCCGAGGACCCCGUGCUGUUCCACGUGUCCGGGUCGUUCUUCAUGGGGGACGCCAACGUGGUGCUCAAGGCCGUGAAUGGGGUGGCCAGGGGAGUCCAGGUGACUGGGAAUUUGUUCCACGGGAACGAUAAGGGAGUGGACAUCGUGCAGCUGGAUGGGGCGUUCAAGACCGUGGAGCAGGUGUACGUGCAGCAGAACGCGGCGUCCGGGAUGAACGUCAAGUCGACUUCGGCCAGGGGGUCCGUGGAAGGGAAUGGGAGUGUUUGGACGGUGGAUUUUAGGUCCUCGCUGCUGUUCCCGGACCGGAUUGGGCAUGUGCAGUACUCGCUCGUGGCUGCCGAGGCGUUCCCCGGGCACAUGCUGAGGAACCUGUCUGGGAACCAGGUCGUUGUUGCCACGGAUAAGGCCGUGUCGGCUAGGGUGCACGUGCUCGUCGACCAGAACAGCGACUGAGGAUAUGGAGCUUGGGAGAGCUCCUGCUAAGCUCUUGCUGCCUGCUGCCACGUAAAUACUGCGUGCGUGUGAGCAAGGCGUCACUCGUUUGUUCUUAGGAAAUUUGUAUCAUUGUUUUCCAUGCGGUUUAGUAUCUGGUUGAUUGGCUGAGGGAGAGGGUAAUGUUGGCCAUAGCGAUUGUUUUUCUGAAAAUAAUUCAGAAUCAAUGGAUCAUUUCGGUUUGCACACCGUA